CGCUCUCCUCUCCGCACUCUGCCUGUGAUCCUCCUCAAACCUGGGACCAAAACCUGCUAAGGACAUUCCUGAGGACCACUAAUCUGCUCUGCCCAUGAGCCAUCUUUGGAAUUCACCUGGACACUCACACCUUUCACCUAUUUAACUUCAUUUUCCUUUCUUUUUUUACCGGACUUGAACGACUUUUUUUGUACAUUCCAAAGAUACCGGUCCGGACCGACAUCUAGUAUUUUAUAAAGACGCCAUUUACGUUAUUCCGUUUAUAAUCAUUACAGUUGGGUUGACCAAGUAAGUAGGAAGCUGUAGCACGCGCCUUUUUUCCACCUUCUAGUCUUAAGUAUCCAAACAGAGAACAAUGGCAGGUAUGAACUCUCUGGAAGCUGUGAAGAGAAAGAUUCAGAGUUUGCAGCAGCAGGCCGAUGACGCAGAGGACCGGGCUCAGGUCCUACAGAGAGAACUGGACGGCGAACGGGAGCUCCGAGAAAAAGCAGAGGGUGAUGUCGCAGGUCUUAACCGUAGGAUCCAGCUGGUAGAAGAGGAGUUGGACCGAGCCCAGGAGAGGUUGGCAACAGCACUGCAGAAGCUGGAAGAGGCUGAGAAGGCUGCAGACGAGAGUGAAAGGGGGAUGAAGGUGAUUGAGAAUAGAGCAAUGAAGGAUGAGGAGAAGAUGGAGAUCCAGGAGAUGCAGCUGAAGGAGGCCAAACACAUUGCAGAGGAAGCUGACCGUAAAUACGAGGAGGUGGCUCGUAAGCUGGUGAUCUUGGAGGGGGAGCUGGAGAGGGCGGAGGAGAGAGCUGAAGUAGCCGAAUGUAAAGCCAGCGACCUGGAAGAGGAGUUGAAAAAUGUGACGAACAACCUGAAGUCCUUAGAAGCCCAGGCAGAGAAGUACUCUGAAAAAGAGGACAAAUAUGAGGAGGAGAUCAAAGUCCUGACCGACAAACUGAAGGAGGCUGAAACCCGAGCAGAGUUUGCUGAGAGAUCAGUGGCCAAACUGGAAAAGUCCAUCGAUGACUUGGAAGAGAAACUAUCGUCUGCCAAAGAGGAGAAUCUGGGCAUGCACCAAGUCCUGGACCAGACCCUGCAGGAGCUGAACAGCUUAUAAAUGCCUAGAGAGGAAGAUGGGGAGGAUGAGAUCAUCAUUAACAUUCCAUUAAAAUGUUCAACUCCAUUCCACAUUUCGAGCUGUAAAACCUUCACUCCCCACAGGCUUAACUUAAUGCUCGUCCCUUGAUGUUUUUUUUUUUUCUCCUUUUGUUUCUUGUUUCUUUUUAUUUCUAGCUGAGAUUGCAGAAAAUUCUUUUAGGAAAGUUUUGGACCAAUUAUUUAGAAAGAAGAGAUGAUGGGUUCACUUAAAUAAGCCUACGAUUUGGUCUGUAAUGAACAUAACCUGGCUUAAGUUAACAUCAUACAAGCAUAUAAAUUAUUCCACGGGUAUUUUAGGGAAAUCCUUCAGGUUUAAUUUCUCAGACAUGCAAGUUUUCUUUUUUUUUUCUUUUGAUUUUUAAGUGGGUGCAGCUAAAUAUACAUUACCGUAUGCUCAUCCAUGCCUGAUCUGGAUCUUCCCAAAUCUGCUUGGUUUUAAUCCGCAUCAUGGCUCGCCUGAUGGAAAGGUUUUCACUAAUAAACACACUAUUAAGGGAGAAGCUGCUCCUUCACUUUAAUCUGAUUUACAAUCAACUUCAGAGCAACUCUAACCUGAGAGCAGCGUUUUGGAUGUUCUACAGUACAUGUUUCAUGAGUCUGUAGAGUCGUCAGGCUGCAGAACCUUUCCUACAGUAUCACAACACUUGAGUGAGCUCAACCCAAAACAAACGAAGUUGCAUCUCGUAAACCAUGGAGAACUAUUGUAUAUAGUAGGAGAAUGUUAGGUAUGUGAUAAGCUGUAAUGCUUUGGAUAUUUUUUAUUUGCUUUUUACACCACUUCUUUAUUUUCCAGGGGAAAUGCGUAGACCAAAGAACACAUGACACAGACAAACGGAUCUUUAAAUGUUUUAUUAUAUUUUUUUUGUGACGGUCUCGGCUCAUGUUAAGGCCUUGGAGGGGGGGGUGGGGUAAAAUUUAUGAUCGAGGUCAUUUUACUUUUCUUUUAAUUUCAUUUACCACCCCCUCCAUGUUCAACCUUCAAAAUAAAAUGUUUUACAGAAUUUCGGAUUCA